AGCGUUAACUGAAGUCAACAGAUCAGAUCAAAAGCAACGAGAAAUUGCCUUUAAAUGUAUUAGAGUCGUUGCGUUAUCCAGUCAUCAUUUUAAACACAAAUAAUCUCUAUAACAGCAGUCGUUGCCUCGCGCACAUGGACUCUUGCUAAAUGAAUGAACGGGAUUUUCAAAUGCCAACAGUUACAAAGACAAGAUGACAAGAGUCUUAACUUCUUUCUUAUGCAUUUACCGUCAUUUUUUUGAAUGGUCUGGGUGUAAUGAUAGCGGGUAAGCAAACUGGACAUUCAUCUUCAGUGCGGUGGAACCUUGAGUCGGGGUCUUUCAGAGAUGCUGUAGGAAGGUAAUGAAACGCAUGUGAGAUAUGAGGAAAGAAAUUGCAGCUGUGGUAAUCUUCCUGAAGAGGCUUGUGAAAAUGGGGGACAUGUUGGAAUCACACAAGAUCGAUCUGUUUGUUGAGAGGCUGGCUGUUGCACUGCAGGAGAAGUUUAAGGGGCACUGGUAUCCUGAAAACCCCAGCAAAGGACAUGCAUACAGGUGCAUUCGAGUGAACAGGGUCCACAGGCAGGAUCCAGAGCUCCUUCGGGCAUGCCGAGAGAGCGGGGUUCAGUACAGUGACCUGGGACUGUCCUGGGAACUCACGUUGUGGGUGGACCCUGGGGAGGUCUGUUGCAGAUACGGAGAGCAAAAUCUUUGCUUCUCAGUGGCAACUUUCUCCAAUGAUGAUGAGGACAAAGAUGUUGCAAAGUUGACCAGGGCUUUGGAGAGGGUGACAUCGGACUACCACUCGGGGUCUUCUUCUGAUGAGGAGGGCAUGCGCACUUCCCCCCUCACUGUCCACAACAGUGCUUACCAGGUGAUGAAUCCUGCUGCUCCUACAUGGCUUCCUAAGAAGAUGGUACCAGAGAACGUUCCCAUCCUUCCACGGCAUCACUCCGGAUUCAGGCCUCGCAGCAGAGCCCCCCACACUUUGAGGCCUAACCUGUGGGCCCCUCCUCGCUAUGGAAGAAGGCCUGGGUACUGGGACUCCACCCAAAAUCUGGCACAUUGUUACAGUUAGGAAUCAUGGUGCUUUUUGUUCCCACAAGACAUUAAAGCUGAAAACAACUUUAAAAUGUUUUAUUUUAACAUGAAUUUUUAUAGACUACCUAUUGAUUGUUUUUGACAAAUCUUUUUUGCACUUUAUACCAUUUGUUAUACAUUAAAUAAGUCACUUGUAUUAAAUUAAAUAAUGAAAUUGAAAUGCUACACAUUUUGAAGUACUGUAUUUUUACAAUGGGAGAUGUUCAUGUAUGCCACCUACUUUGUCCUUUUUGUGAUAAAAUGUUAUAUUUAUUCAUAGUGCAGAAUUGUCAGCUUUAUGGAGUUAACAACAAUUCCCCAGUAUCAUUAUGGUUUGUGUAUUAUUUUUGUGUUAAAGGAGCCUCCAAGUGUUGAAAUUAAAGUGUAACAUUGGUGGGUUUUUUUAGUUUCUGUUUGUCGCUUGGCAGGUGCUUUUAUUUUCUAGUUGACAGUGUAGAGGAGAGAAAUAUGUAUAACAUGAAACAAGGGUACCUUUUUGGAAUUAAAGUAGGGAAAUUAUGGUUAAAGUGUGUUCUGCUCAACAGGACACCUGCUAUACAUUUAGUGAUAAUCAGCUCAAAGGGUUGGUUCACCAAAAGCAUUUUUCAAGCAUAAUCAUAAAAUAAUUUAAUCAACACGAAUGAAGUUCCAUUCACCUCUGCGGUUUAGUGUGAUGUCAUAUCUUGUUGAAUAAAACCAAAAAACUAUC